AUGGACCGCCCCGCGAGAGCAGAGUACGAGCCCCUGGCUGCGGCCGAGGACGAUGGCGAGCACGACCGCGGGCCGGAGCCCCUCGAGACGUCGACGGUCCUCGACAGCCACGGUCUCGACCACGGCGCCCUCGUGCCCUUCUCCUGGAUCGAGUACGCCAUCUUUGCCUUCCUCGGCGUCGCCAUGCUCUGGGCGUGGAACAUGUUCCUCGCCGCCGCGCCCUACUUCGCCUUCCGCCUCGCCGGCCACGACUGGGCCGAGGCCAACUUCCAGUCCGCCAUCCUCACCGUCUCGACCCUCACCAACCUCUCCGUCCUCCUCGUCCUCACAAACGUCCAGCAGUCGGCCUCAUACCCCUUUCGCAUCAACCUCGCCCUCGUCAUCAACUCUGUCGUCUUCUCCCUCCUGACGUGCUCCACCGCCUUCUUCCUCGAUGUGAGCCCCGGUGGCUACCUCGCCUUCCUGCUCUUCAUGGUGGCCUGCUCCGCCUUGGCCAUGGCCCUGAUACAGAACGGCGCGUUCGCUUUCGCGGCCAGCUUCGGCAGGCCCGAGUACAUGCAGGGCCUCAUGGCUGGACAGGGCGUCGCCGGUGUGCUGCCCGCGGUGGCGCAGGUCGUCACAGUCCUGCUCUUCCCACCUCCGACCGACGAUCAGUCCGCGCCGUCGUCGCACGGCGGCCAGACAUCCGCCUUCCUCUACUUUCUCGCCGCUGUAGUCAUCUCAGUCACCGCCCUCGUCGCUCUCAUCCCUCUGGUGCGACGCCACCACCGCAUCGUGGAGAGUCGGAUGGCCGACCACAUGGCUGAGUCGAUGAACAGCAUCGAGGACGCCGAGCGCGCCGCUCGCAAGGCCACGUCGCUGUGGGCAUUGUUCCUCAAGCUCCGCUGGCUCGCCCUCGGUGUCGCGCUCACGUUCACCGUCACCAUGUUCUUUCCCGUCUUCACUACGAAGAUACGCUCUGUGCAGGAGGACAAGGGUCUCCUCUUCAAGCCACCCGUCUUCAUACCACUCGGGUUCUUCUUCUGGAACCUGGGCGACCUGGGCGGCAGGAUGGCCACCAUGUUCCCCUUCUCCCUCCGGCACCAGCCCGUCAUGCUCUUUGUGUUGGCGGCGCUACGCAUCGGCCAACUACCACUGUACUUUCUCUGCAACAUUGGCGGCAGGGGCGCCGUUGUUUCCAGCGACUUCUUCUAUCUCUUUGUCGUCCAGUUGUCUUUUGGUCUGACAAACGGCUGGCUCGGGUCGAGCUUCAUGAUGGCUUCGGGAGAAUGGGUGGACGAGGGCGAGCGUGAGGCCACGGGCGGCUUCAUGGGCCUCUUCCUCGUCGUGGGCCUUACUGCCGGGAGCCUCUUGAGUUUCACCCUCUCAAGCAUAUAG